AUGUCUGUUUUAUUUAACGAAAGUGAAUUAUCUGGUUUAGAUGCUCAUAGUGCCUUUGGAAAUAGUGAAGCUUCUAGUAAUCAAAAAAAAAAAAGAAAAUUAGAUGAAAAUUCACAUAUAAAUAAGAAUAGUGUAGUAGAAGAGGAAGUGGAAGAUGAAGAAGAAGAUGAAGAAGAAGAAGAAGAAGAUGAGCCAUCAUAUGUUCAAGAUGAAAAUAUGGCUAAAGUUUUUGAAAAAUUUUUAAAAACAUUUUCUGAAAAAAAAAGUGAAGAAGAUGAUGAUGAUAAUGUAUGGAAGGAUAAUUUAAAUUUUGAUUUUCCAAGUAGUUUAGAAAUAGCAAAAGAUGCUCAUUAUGUAUUAUUAUUAUUUUCAAUUCUUCAAAAUUCCUAUUCGAGAAAUAAAGUUUUAGUAGUGGAUAUGAAACAUGUACUGAUGUGGGAACCAACUGACAAAAAUCGUUUUGAUAUAGGAAGCCAAUUAUAUAUGUAUAUAAAAAGGCAUUUUUUAAGAAUAUUAGAUAUAUUUGAGCAAAAAGUACAAAAUUUAGCGGAAAAUAUCAAUCCUAUAAAAACAAAAGAAGUUGGAAAAGUAUGCCUUAGAUUUUAUAAUAAAAAAAAUCCUAUACAUUCUUUAAGAAGUUUGAGAUGUGAAAUGCUAGGGGAAAUGAUAAGUGUUCGAGGACAAGUAACAAGGACUUCUGAUGUUAGACCUGAACUAACAUUAGCAGCUUUUAAAUGUAAUGAAUGUGGAAAUAUAAUCAAUGGUGUUAAGCAGCAAUUUAGAUAUACGCAACCAAGUAAAUGUCCUUCAGCUAGCUGUAGUAAUAUGUCUGACUGGUCUUUGGUUUUAGAACAAUCAUAUUUUGUAGAUUGGCAAAAAAUAAGAUUACAAGAAAUUGCACAAGAAAGUCCACCAGGUUCUAUGCCUAGAAACAUGGACGUAAUAUUAAGAAACGAUAUUGUAGAUACUGUUCAUGCAGGAGAUCGAAUUAUAGUAACAGGAUGCUUAAUUGUAGUCCCUGAUAUUCCAACUUUAAUGAAACCAGGAGAUAUACCUCGAAGUGUAGCUAGACAAAUGUUAAGAAAAAAUGAAAAUUCUCUGGUGUCUCAGGGAUUAACAGGAAUAAAAGGUGUAGGAGUUCAAGAUUUGAACCACAAAUUAUGUAUAUAUGCAUGUCAAAUAGAAAAAUUAAACAAUUCUAAGAAAGAAAAUUCUUUUGAUGAACAAACUCAAGUAGAUAUUAAUUGUGAAGAAAUUCUUAAUUGUGAUGAUUUGAAAUGGUUAAGAGAGAUUGCUAUGCAUCCCAAUACAAUAGAUAUAUUAGCAGAAUGCAUUGCUCCGAAGAUAUGGGGAAACCUCGAAAUAAAAAAAGGAGCAUUAUUAAUGAUGACAGGAGGUGUUCAAAAAAUUACAUCUAAUUGCAAAUUAAGAGGAGAUAUCAACAUGUGUAUUGUAGGUGACCCAGGUACAGCUAAAAGUGAAAUUUUAAAAUAUGUCGAGAGUUUUGCUCCAAGAGCCAUUUUUACUUCAGGAAAAGGGUCAACUGCUGCCGGUUUAACUGCAGCAGUUCAUCGAGAUCCGGAUCAAGGGGAUACAGUUUUAGAAGCAGGAGCCUUGAUGUAUGCUGAUCAGGGUAUUUGUUGCAUAGAUGAAUUUGAUAAAAUGGAUGAAAAAGAUAGAGUAGCUAUUCAUGAAGCUAUGGAACAACAAACUAUUUCUAUUACAAAAGCUGGUAUACAAGCUACUCUUAAUGCUAGAGCCUCUGUUCUUGCUGCUUGUAACCCCAAAUAUGGAAGAUAUGACUCUUUAAAAACAUUUGCUCAAAAUGUUAAUAUCCCUGCUCCUUUAUUAUCACGUUUUGAUUUAUUUUACACAAUGCUUGACACUGUUGAUAUUGAUAAAGAUACUAGUAUCGCUAAUCAUUUAGUAUCAAUGCAUUGUGGGGAAGAAGCAGAAAAACAUCUUAAAACUCAUGCAGGAAAAUUAGAUUCUGUAAAAUUAGAAAUAUAUUUAGAACUUAGCAAAAGAGUCAAACCAUUAUUAACAGAUGAAGCAAAAUAUAAAUUAAUACAUUAUUAUGUUUCUUUCAGAAAUAUUGAAUAUUCCCCAGGAGCUCAGAGAUCUAUGAGAAUGACUGUUCGUCAAUUGGAAUCCCUUAUUAGACUUAGUGAAGCUGUUGCUAAAUUAAAAUUUUCUCAUUUUGUUGAUGUCAAACAUGUUGAAAUUGCAUGUUCUAUUUUUAAGGCUUCUAUGAAAAAAAUAUCAAAUGAAAAGGAAAUCAAUUUAGAUGAAGAAUAUGACAAAUCUAAUAAUUCAUUGAUUCAUAAUAAAUCAAAUAAACAAGAUCAAGAUAAUGAUAAAUCUGAACAAACUAGAAAAAUAACAACAAUCAAAGCAAGUGAAUAUCAAUGUAUAUCGGCUAUAAUCUUUGAAAUUAUUAAAGAAUACGAAUUUAAUAAUAACAAUGAGAGUAUUACACAAGAUCAAUUAAUAGAACUAUAUUUGCAAACUUAUGCUAAAGCAGAAUCUAGUGAGCAAGUAGAUGAAUGGAUUUAUAAAUUAAAAAAAAUUAUUAACAGAUUAGUAAACCAAGAUAUGAAACUAUUAUCAGAAACCGAUGAGCAAGAACCUACUAAUAUUAUUUUAAGAAUUCAUCCGAAUUAUGCAGGUCCAAUAAUGGAAAAUGUAUCCAAUAAAAAUACGUAUGGAUAUAAUACAUUCAAGAAUUAUCAAAGUAAAGAUAAAAUAUCAGAGGAUGAUGUAGACUUUCAGGAAGAUAUUGACAACUUUUAA